AUGUCCGGAGCCAACUCCCCAGCUGGCUCGCGGGCUGGAUCGGCCGAGCCGGCUGAGCGCCGUGAUGACUCCGCAGAUAUUCACGAUGGUGAUGACGGCAAUGCUUCCGAUAAGGAUUCCGAUCUCCUCUCCGAAAUCGACGAAGACCAGUUUGAGGACUACGAUCCCACCCUCGAAGAGAGGCCCGUUGAGAUUGACGAGAAUGUCGCAAUGACCUUGAAAGCCGCGAAACGGAAGCGGACAGAUGGCGAGGCAUCGAAGAAACCGAAAGAGGGACGCAGGCCAAAAAAGAGGUCGCGGGCGACAGACGACGAAGUUGGCGACGCAGAAAUCGGCGAGCGCCGGCCACGGAAAGCACGCGCUACGGGCGAGCGACGGGCGGCAACAAAGGAAGCGCCGGAAGAAGAAGAGAACGAAGAAAACCUCACACCUGAGGAACGCCGCCGCCGGGCAUUGCACCGAGCGAUGGACAACGCGUUGAAGAACCCCUCGAAGCGGAGGCGCAAGAAGGACGAAAUUGAUUUGGAAGAUGCAGUGGACGACCAGAUUGCGCACCUGAAAGUGGCGAUGGAGAAGGCUUGCGUGGCGGAUAACGAAGCGCGCGAGAAGGGCAUGGCUGCUACACACAAGCUGAAGCUCCUCCCCCAAGUUACAGCCCUGCUGAACCGGACUGCCGUACAAGAUUCCGUUCUCGACCCCGAAACCAACUUGUUGCAAUCCGUCAAAUACUUUUUGGAGCCGCUUAACGACGGCAGUUUGCCGGCAUACAACAUCCAACGUGACAUAUUCAAUGCUCUCGCGGGGCUGCCCAUCAAUAACGAGGUGCUCCUGAGUAGUGGCAUUGGCAAGGUGGUCUACUUUUACACACGCAGCAAGCGUCCCGAGGCCAGCAUCAAGCGGAUAGCAGAACGGCUGGUCGGCGAAUGGAGCCGGCCGGUUUUGAAGCGGACAGACGACUACAAGAAACGACAAAUCGAGACUCGCGACUUCGAUUUUGCCGCCGCGAAACUUGCCCAGCGCCAAGGAGCCGCCGCGUCCGGUUCGCAGAUGACACUGACCCAGCGACCGGCAGGCGGAAAGACGCGCUUCGAGCUGGAACGCGAGCGGAUGCUCGCACCCGAGAUCAAGAACACGAAUCGUGCCCAGCCGGCUGGUCUCCCCGCCAGCUACACCAUCGCCCCGCGCAGCACGUUUGACGCCUCCCGGGGCCCGGCUGAGUUCCGCCCCGUCGGUGCCGCUGGUCUUGAAGCGUUCCGUAAGAUGACGCAGAAGGGGAAGGGUGGCCGGCGCUAG